AUGGCAGAAGAAGAAGAAGCUCCUCCUGAGGUGCACCAUUAUAGCAGUCUUCAAGAAGUCCCUUGGGACAUCCAAAAUUACUGGGCACAACGCUAUCGGAUCUUUUCCAAGUACGACGAUGGAGUAUGGUUGACCGAUGAUGCUUGGUUCGGCGUCACGCCAGAACCAAUGGCCGAGUCAGCACCCGCUGGACGCAGUAUUCUAGUGGAUGCCUUCGCUGGCGCAGGUGGAAACACGAUCGCAUUCGCAUUGACCGGAAAAUGGCGACGAAUCUAUGCAAUUGAAAAGAACCCUGCUGUGCUAAAAUGUGCAAAGCAUAAUGCCAAAAUCUACGGCGUUGAGGACAAGAUUACUUGGUUUGAGGGUGACUGCUUUGAGAUCCUCAAAAACCAAUUAAAAGACCUGGCACCUUAUGCAGUAGUAUUUGCUAGUCCACCAUGGGGAGGCCCGGGAUAUCGCUCAGAUCAGGUAUUCAACCUGAAGACUAUGGAACCAUACUCACUCCAAAGGUUGUAUGAUGAAUAUUCAGUAUUCAGUAAACACAUGGUUCUCUUCAUACCAAGAACAUCAGACCUAAAACAAAUGGCAAAACUGGUACCUGAGGGUGAACAGGCUAUGGUGAUUCACUAUUGUAUGGAGGGAGCAAGCAAAGCAUUGUGUAUUUUCUAUGGGGACUUCAAUGUGACAUGA